AAGCAGAGUUCGCGUAUGUAGUGCAAAUGUCGGUGCGCAGUUUUUGCCCUUAAAAGUACUUUUCCGUCGAUGGAAAACGAUGAAAAAUGGUUUAAAAUUAGUCCCGAUGUGCACGGUUGUGGUUUUCCCGUGAAGAAUUUCCGGUACGGACCCGAUUCGAGUGAGAAAAUUGCAUUUGUUUGAAGGGGCAUUUUCCGCUGGAAGGAUCGUCUUUUUCCCUGUGUGCUGCUGUCGUGCUGUUCAUUUGUGUGUGCGAGAAUGAACUCGUGCGGAAGAACAAAGAAGAACGAGACGGAAAGUUGUACAAGGCAGAAAGAAGAUUGACGUUUCUUCGUGUGGGUAUGUGCCAGUGUCCCGUAGAUGCGUUUGUGAAUGGAUAGUCGGAAUUUACGCGGACGAUCGACGAUUUCAACGUUCGGUGUGUGCGUGUGAGAUUGGGCAAUUUUGGAGGUGUUCUUUUUUGAGCAAAGUCGCGAUUGUGUAUCGUUUUUUCGUUCAAUUUUCGACUCAAACAAAAUUUGUGACGGUGCAUUUGUUUUUACAGUCUGUUAGUGUUGGUACGACAGUUUUCUAGAGGAGAGAAUAUCGAUAUUAUUUUCGAGUGUUAAGUUAGUGAACGGUUUUUUUUAUAUAUAUAAAGAGCCAACGACAAGAAUUUGCAUAUUGGAGAAGUGUUUCUGUUAUCUAUAUCUACUGCAUCAAUAUUUCUGCUGAGUCCAAGUGAUGCGUCGUGGAGGAAUAUAAUAGUGUUGAUUCAUUUGUGUGGAAAUGGAGUGCGACGUGUCGCCACCCGACAGUAGUAGCGGUGGUGGUCAUCACGGGAACAGUACCGCCCAGCAGAGACGUCAGCCGAAACCAGUUCAGCAUAACAGCGCUAGCAUCAGCAUCAGUAGUAGUAGUAGUGGCGGCGGAAGCACCAGUGCCAGCAGUAGUAAUCUAAACCUUAGCGGUAGUAGCGGUAGGAAUCUCUUAAACAUCAGCACUAGCAACAGUUUUCGGUCGGAUUCGCCGACGAUCGUUUCAACUAUGGCAGCGGCCUCGUCGACAUCCCACCACAAUCACCACCAUAAUCACCACCACCACCGUCAUCAUAAUGCACAUUCGCAUCAGCAUCAUUAUCAGCAGCAAUCGCAGCAUCAUGUUCACCAUGAGGAGAUUACUGUCACGUAUCCGGAGGUGGUAUCCUGUACACCGGAGUCGAGCUUCAACUUAUCGGACGAUUACGAUUCUAAUCCACUAAAAGAAGUGGAUCCGCUUAAUGUGUCCGGAAGUUCAAUGGAACUGCUAUCAUCUCCGAUGAAAAGUCAGGACAAAACUCCCAAACACAAUCACCAUCUGCGACGAAACGUUCCUAGAAUAGUUGUAAAACAAAUUCCCAAAACACAGCAGCAAGCGCAGAGCUCACGUUGUGAUAAACGUUCCACUGGUCCAGCUUCGACGAUGCGAGAAGUACUGGCAUCCAUCCCGGGAUUCAGUGUUAAACCUCGGCGGAGGUCCAAUAAGAAAAUGUCAACGGCGGCACAGAUUGAACAAACAAAGGAGGGUUGCAUCGAUCUCGAAACGCCGGAUUCCAUUCUGGUCAACACGAACCUGCGAUCGCUUCUCAACAAACAAACUUUCCAAAUGUUACCGCCUCUCUUUCAGUACAAACUGGUUCAGCUGUUGCCCUCCGUGGAUCGACCUUCGGUGCCUGACUCGUCGGACUGCGAGCGUAACGGAAUCUGGCUGAAUCCGUCCAGUUUGAACAAUGAAUUCUUUGCCAGGGCUUGCUUGGAAUGGCGCGACCGGUUAGCGGAAGGCGAAUUCACUCCCGAGAAUCAACUGAAGCUCAAAACGGAAGCGGAAAAGGAAAAGAGUAAACUAGAUCCCUGGAAGCUGAAACACUUCGAACCUAUGUGGGGUGACAAAAGACCGGCGCUGGCGAACGUAGGAGCGGCUGGAACGCUGCCGAAUCCGUCGCCACCGACGACCCCUACGAAGGAGAAAGAGCUUACGCCCGAACCGCCAAAGACGAGCACUCCAACAACAUCGAGACCUGCCCUAAAAACCACCAUCAAGUUGCGACCGACAACGACGAUAGCAACGAGCACGACUGCCUCCGCCGAUUUGGCAGUAGCUAGUUGCAGCAGUAGCAGCAGCAGCACUAGCAGCAAUGGCAACAGCAACAGUAACAGUAGUUGUAGCAGUGGUCCAAGCAUACUUGUCACCACAAGUCCUUCCGCAUGUGCAUCGAACAGUCGUUCUACCGCAGCUCAAAGUUCGCUUUCUCCAACGGUAACUUCUUCGCCGAAACGAGUUCGAACCGUUGGAGCAGUGACGCGACUGGCUGCGGCCAGUCAGCAACAGUUGGUUCACCACCAAGAUCAGCCUGGCUCUUCGGUAGGAGAAUGUAGUCAGACUGCUCGUUUAGUUCGCCACGUUGAUUCACCGAAACCUUCCACAUCAUCUGCCCCUAUCGCUACUACGGAAGACGUAGUAGAUUCAUCGAGUCCUCUUAGUAUCAUUAGUGGUAGUUUGAAGCGAGUACACAAUCGAUCACUCACGCCAGAAUUAAGUAAUAGUAAGAUAUCGAAAUCCUCGGAUUCGAACGACAGUAGUUUGUCUCAGGAACGUGGAUCUCAGCUGCCAGAUGAUUCUAAACCUUGUGAUAUUACUGCCAGUGGACUACAGGAACCGGAUGCGCUGGAUGACGGCGAAGUUGGUCUGGAAGCUGUGAUCGAGGAUAUUCCCGAUGACGAUCCGGACGUCACGGAAGUAAUCAUGGAACAUACGUACACACCCUCGCCGGAUCCCGGUGGGGAAAACGUCGAACUGAAAUACACUGACGAAUAUGAAAGUUCCAACUCGAACUCGAAUCUCAAUGAGCAACAACAUUUACCAAACAACACCUCUCAUCCCCAGCAGCAAACUGUAUACGAUCAGCAUUCCGGACAGUUAUUCAAUAUUGUGUGUGUUGCUUCUUCACCGGCAUCGAAUCAUAUGCACAGUACGACGAAUCUCCUAACGACAGAUACUCCAACUGCGAGUAGUAGUAACAGCAUAGGGACAGCAGCAGCAGUAGGUGAAGUUGUUUCCAACAUGCAUCUGGGCCAGCAACAGUUUUGCCACGACAGCAACAGUAGCAGCACGUCAACAACAGCAUUGAUGUCCUCCAGUGAUCAGGUACCACCAAAUGCACUGAGUAGCUUCGAGAAUGUGCUACAAAACAAUGAAGAGCUUAUUAUAACGCAACGGGAACCGGAUCCAAAUCCGUCGAACGGGGCUCUACAGAGCGGGGAUAGCAAUGGUAGUUCAGAGGCCAGUAGCAGUCAGCGUACGGUCAGUGCGGAAGUCAACAUGAAUCUGACUGCGUAUCAUCAUGAUCACGAGCUGUUGCAUCAGAGUGCCAGCAGUACAAUGAUGCUUGGUGGGCUCGGAACGAUCGGGGAGGACGACGAUGACGAUGAUGACGAGGAGAACUGUGAUAAUAAUAAUGAUUCCACCAACGAAGACGAGGAGGAGGAGGAGGAAGGGGAUGACCAGCUGAUGGCUGGUUCGGUGAUAGCGGGCCUGGACGGAACCGUUGGGCUGCAGGAUGACGAGCUGCACGGACUGCAGCUGAUUGCGGCGGUGCAGCAGCAAUCGAUGGGUUCGUCGGAUUCCGCCGACGAAGACGACCAGAUGGACGAGAAGUUCAUCGAUGCGGAGAAUUAUGUGCUGGAAAGCGGCGAGAUCAGUGCGGAAAUCGACGCGAUCGACAUUCUCGCCGAAACCGCUGAAGAAGUAGAUCUUGGCAUAGCGGGCGUAGCCGAGUCCGGUCCUAGCACUCACGAAGACAAUCUCAUCAUUUUGCACGAGCUGGACAUCAAACAGGAUGAGGACGAUGACGAUAUCGACGCCAACGAUAAUAAUGAUGAUGCUGAUGAUGAUGAUGGUGAUGAUAACGAUGUUGAAAAAGGUGAUGAUGACGAAGAUGAAGACGAAGUGCAAGCGGGAGAAAAUGUUAACGACGAGGAUGAAGGACAAGAAUGCGAACCGGGUUUGGUGGAUAUCGGGAGCGCAUUGGUGCAACAAGCGGAUAUCGUUGGCGAUAUUCAACAUGGUACCAUAGAAGAAUCGCUCUGUUUAAAUGAUCUGGACGGGUUCGACGGGAUCAAUGCAAUCAAGAUGGAGACUGAUAACAUAUUCGGUAGUAGCGAUUGGCCGUUUAAAGUAAAACUGGACCCGAAGAUGAUGAUGGUGGAUCAGUUAGACCCGAGCAGUAUUAUUCUGACACCGACGACGACGGCCACAGGGCAUCAGAUAGCCGUCAGCAGUAGCAGUGUACAGCAACAGUUGCAGUUUCAACAGCAGCAGCACCAACAACAACAACAUAUUCAUUCCAUUCAAGCUGCCCAGCAGCAACAGUUACUAAACCAACAGGUGCUCAUACAACAGCAACAACAACAACAACAGCAACAACAACUAAAUGUGCUACAGUUGCAGCAGUUUCAGCAGCACCAACAAUCGCAGCAAGCACAACAAGUGCUAGUUCCGCAGGCAAUGACGACUGAAUCUGGCAACAUACUGUCAUCAGAGGUUAAAGAUGUCCGUGCGGUGAUUAAAACAGAACCGGGCGUUUCCGGAGUGACCUUCCAGGGGCGUCCUGCAACGGGUCAGCUGAUAACACGGAUCAAGAUUGAAGGCGGUGAAGACGGUCAAAAGUUGCAUGUCGUCUCCUCAGCCAGCAGCGACAACAUGGCGAGGGUCAUUGAAAGUGUUGCUGGUUGCUUCAGCAGUACAAUUCCAGCGACAACUCAAGCCCAGUUGUUGCAGCAGCAGCAACAACAACAGCAGCAGCAGUUGUUUCAGCAGGUCCAGCAAAAUCAACACAUAAAGCUAGAGAUGGAUAACGGCCAUCAGCAAAUUGUUCAUCAGGGAGGACAGCCUAAAUUCAUCAUCACUUCCCGACAGAUUGGAAAUAAAAUUCCAAUAACGGUAACCAGUGGCCAUUCGGGACCAAUCUUACAACAGCAAUCAAUUGGCACAGGAACGACGACAAAUACGACUCAACAGAAACCGAUCCAGUUACAAAAGAUCAUUAUGUCGACGUCGAGUUUACAGCAGCAACAACAACGUGCUCGGCUUCCUCUGCAAAGGACUCAGUUGGUUCAACCGCAAACUCAAUCUCAGCAACGAUUCCAGCAAAAGUUUGUAACCAAUCAGCUGAUUCGAGGUCAAAAUGCUGCCAUCAUCAACACAGUCCAACUACAACAACAGCAGCAGCAACAACAACAACAACAACAGGCACAAGCGCUAGCCAAUCAGCAAGCUCAACAGGCGGCAGCCACCGUCGGAGCAAAUGUCGUUAUUGGACCAACUCCGAGAAAACGGCUAGAAGUUAGUGGCGGAGCAGGUGUCCUGGCUGUUAGUGCCGGAGGUGGAAUUAGCAGUGGACGACGGGGUGGUCGCACCAGUAGCUCUCGUUUACCCCCCGGAGCGGUGAAUCUUGAGCGUAGCUACCAGAUAUGCCAAGCCGUUAUACAGAACAGUCCAAAUCGACAUCAGUUGCGGGCCCAACUGAAGCCACCGCAAGCGUUCCUGACCAGUUCCAACUCAAACUCGAGCAAUAGUAGCAAUAGUAAUAGCAGUAACAGUAGCAGCAGUAGCAAUGGCAGUAACGUCAAAGAUGAACCGAUCAGUUUCGGCGGGGCUGUCAUAGGAAACAAGGUUGGUCCUCGUUUAGUAAAUCCGAAGAGAAUUACGACAGUUGGUCGGCAACCCUCAUCUAUUCUUGUCCGACACGUGUAUACAACUGCAGGGCAAUCAAAUCCCGGUACAAUUAGUAUCAUUUCCUCAUCCCAACAACAACAACAGCAGCCGCAGCAACAACAACAAUCACAACAGACUCUAUCAUCCCAACAGCGGAUAAUAAGUGCUGCGGAGGCAGCAGAACUGCAACACGCACAGAUCAUCAGUAUGUCCGGUCCCGGAGGCAUUGGAAAUCUAUCCGUAUCAGGUGCUGCUGGAACCGGAAAUGGAAGUUUUGGCGGCAAAUACGUACUUGUGCAACGGGCGCACAUCGGUGAUAUUGUAACGCCGCGGGCGGCCAGCGCACCACCGACUCAGAAUCAGCAGGUUAAUUCCGUAACCGGUGUUCCAAUAACGCUAGCGGGUCGUGGACGGCCAGCUUCGGUAGAUAUUGAUACACCUGUCUCCCUUCCUGAUUCUCAACAGCAACAGCAGCAGCACCCGGUGCAAAUGAUCCAGCAUCCAUUGCAACAACAACAGCAGCAGCAAAUUGUUGGACCCAAUCCUGGUAUCCAAGCUGUGACCCGUAGAGGUCCUACCACGCAUGUUAUUUCCUACGGCGACAUCGGCACCGAUGCGGCGGCCAACAACCAGCACAUCAGCCAAGCGGCUGCUACUUCAUCUUUACUGGAAAUCGUCUCCCCCGUGCAUUCUGUCGUUACGUCAACCAACGGUCCUACGAUGGACUCUACAUCGCCUGUUGCCGGUUACAGCAUUACAUCCACCUCGACACCAUCGCCCCUUCCACUCGGUAGUAGUAAUGGCAACAGUAACAGUAGUAUAAUCAUUAGCAGCAGCAGCAGUAGCAAUGGUAAUAACAAUAAUAAUAACAACAACAACAGCAGCAGCACUAUCGGUACUAUCAAUAAUAACAAUAGCACUAGUAGUAACAGUAGUAGCAGUAGUAACAACAAUGGGAACGGUCACCAUCUUCACCAGCAGCACGGAGCAACGUCGGCUUGCUCUUGUUCACUGAACGCAAUGGUCAUCUGUCAGCAGUGUGGGGCAUUUUGUCAUGAUGACUGCAUCAGUGCUUCGAAGUUGUGCGUGUCCUGUGUCAUACGAUAAGAGAAUUUAAGGAGUACGUUCUCCUACUGUUAUUCAACCUUAAACAUCUACUAUCGUAGGCUUGAUAUGAAUGAUAAAAGAAAUUAAAAAAAAACCGUUAAGUCUGCCACCGAAUUUUCUUACAAUAAUAAUAAACUAAUACACAUACAAGUACACACAGACAAAGAAACACUAACCUUAAAGCCUGUGCAAAGACUCAUUCUAGCGUGUAGGGAUUUGAAUUUUGUUUUUCGACUAUGUCCUGAGGUCUCGCGUUUAUACUUUGAAUUUGUUGUGGCUUUGCUAGGAAGAGGAAGAAAUCCGUUCUGUGAAUACUACUUUUAGAGUCCUGACGGCACCGUGUACCGAUCAAUUGUUUAAGAAAUGCGUGUACGUGCUUUCCCAUUUUGUUGAGAGCGAAUGUUGAGUGUAGAUGGGUGUAAUUGUGCACAAGCAGUGCGAGUAAUUCAUCGCAACGCUUCAUGACUGUUAGAAUGUUCAAAAUUAAUUUCUACACACUUUCGGAAGUGGCGAGUGGAUAGAGCUACCGAUUCAACUGCUUAGCGUUAAGCGUGAAAACAGCAAAACAGAUUUGCAAACUAAGCUAGAAAACACUCUUGUAAUAAUUAUUACUAAGUAAAAUUAUAAGCUGAAACAUUGGAAGAGCAUUAAGGACAGAAUAAUAAACUAUAAUCGAGAAAUUAAAACUGAACAGUUGUCCGAUUGUCA